ACCAAUCAGAGUAUGUUAUCCAACGUACACUCCAGCCUUUAUAAACUUUGUGUUGCUCUGCCCUGAGAAGCUUUUAUUCGCCGUCUACUGUUUGCUGCUACAACGAGAUAACACAGGAAGUGACGAUGUUGCCUCUGGCUUUGUUAGCACUAGGUGUGAGUGCUGUCCUGUCUGCGCCCAGUCUGGACGCACGGCUCAGCGACCACUGGGAACUGUGGAAGAACUGGCACAGCAAAAAAUACCACGAAAAAGAGGAAGGCUGGAGGAGGAUGAUCUGGGAAAAGAACCUGAACAAGAUUGAGCUGCACAACCUGGAACACUCGAUGGGCAAACACUCCUACCGUCUGGGCAUGAACCACUUUGGAGACAUGACUCAUGAAGAGUUCAGGCAGAUCAUGAAUGGUUACCAGCGCAAAACAGAGAGGAAGGCUAUUGGCUCCCUGUUCAUGGAGCCUAACUUCAUGGUGGCCCCCAGUGCUGUGGACUGGAGGGAGAAGGGCUACGUCACCCCUGUGAAGGACCAGGGUCAGUGCGGCUCUUGCUGGGCCUUCAGCACUACUGGAGCUCUAGAGGGUCAGAACUUCAGGAAGAUGGGAAAACUGGUGUCGCUGAGUGAACAGAACCUGGUGGACUGCUCCAGACCAGAGGGUAACGAGGGCUGUGGGGGAGGUCUGAUGGACCAGGCCUUCCAGUACGUCAAGGACAACCAGGGUCUAGACUCUGAGGACUCCUACCCAUACCUGGGAACAGAUGACCAGCCAUGUCACUACGACCCCAAGUACAACUCCGUCAACGACACCGGCUUCGUAGACAUUCCCAGUGGAAAGGAACAUGCCCUGAUGAAGGCCGUGGCCAGUGUCGGCCCCGUGUCUGUCGCCAUCGAUGCUGGACACGAGUCCUUCCAGUUCUACCAGUCAGGAAUCUACUACGAGAAGGAGUGCAGCUCUGAAGAGCUGGACCAUGGUGUGCUGGCGGUCGGUUACGGCUUUGAGGGAGAGGAUGUUGACGGCAAAAAAUACUGGAUUGUGAAAAACAGCUGGAGUGAGAAGUGGGGAGACAAAGGCUACAUCUACAUGGCCAAAGACAGAAAGAACCACUGUGGAAUUGCAACAGCAGCCAGUUAUCCACUGGUGUAAUGUCUGCACCGUUUCACGUUUUAUUACCGUAGUGUUUUUUAUUGCAAUGGUUUGGCUGAAGACAGGAAGAGGAUUCAGUCCGAACAAGAGGAUGACAGGAAAGUUGUCCAAGUUUCAUGAGAAGAAACGCAGAUUUUAGGGAAAAGGCGCAUUAUUAUGUUUGGCUGAUUUAAUGCCACUUUAUUUGUGUUUUCUUUGUAAAUAUGUGUUUGCCUCUUGGUAAAUGAAGCAUUUACACUUGCUUCUGUUAUUGUAAAUGUUUUUUUUUUCUAUUUUUACUGUGAUCAAAUACAUUUAUGAAACACUAA